UUGCAGAAAGAAUUUUUGCUUCUGUGGGAAGGCUCCAUUUCCACUUCAGUAAUAGAAGGCAUCCAGUGGGAUGUAUACUGUGGUAUCUUUUCAGGAAAGCUGCAUUAGAUGUUUAAAAUGUUAUUUAUUACAUUCUCAGUUUGCACGUCAGCUGUUGGCUAUGUCAUAGUCACAAAUUUGGUGAAAGUAAAUAACCUUAGUAUUGUAAAGAUGAGAUUUGUAAGUCUCUUCACAUACAAAAAUGCCAUGUUCUGUUUUUAUUCUAUCUUUGUAAAGAUAUUAAAAAUGGUGCUCGCAUAGUUGUCUUUAAUUGAUAAAUUUAGAUAUCAUUUGCCUUUUUCCUUUCAGUAAAAGUAGAGCAUAUAUUUGAUAAACAUUAUUAAACUAAUGUUUUGCUUCACUGAUUUUUGAUGAGAAAUUAUAUAAAUAAAGCAUGUAGAAUAAUGUUUGUCAAAUACAACUCAUUUUUCAAAGUUAAUACAACAAAAAGGCAAAAUAGCAGACCUCAUUUAAAAUUUACUUUGAAGCUCAGUGUUUUUGCUUUCUUAGUUGUCUACCACCUCCCUCCCUUCUCCCUCCCUUCCCUGUUCAAAUGGAGAGGAUAUAAGGAGAGUACAGAUGCGGCAGGUCUUAAACGAAAGCGUUCCCAAGCCAUUCAUAGUUUCAAGUUGAGUCGAAACCACGUGGACUGGCACAGUGUGGAUGAAGUAUAUCUUUAUAGUGAUGCAACAACAUCUAAAAUAGCAAGAACAGUUACCCAGAAACUGGGAUUUUCUAAAGCAUCAAGUAGUGGGACCAGACUUCAUAGAGGUUAUGUAGAAGAAGCCACAUUAGAAGACAAGCCAUCACAGACUACCCAUAUUGUAUUUGUUGUGCAUGGUAUUGGGCAGAAAAUGGACCAAGGAAGAAUUAUCAAAAAUACAGCCAUGAUGAGAGAAGCUGCAAGAAAAAUAGAAGAAAGACAUUUUUCCAACCAUGCAACACAUGUUGAAUUUCUGCCUGUUGAGUGGCGGUCAAAACUUACUCUUGAUGGAGACACUGUUGACUCCAUUACUCCUGACAAAGUCCGAGGUUUAAGGGAUAUGCUGAACAGCAGUGCGAUGGACAUCAUGUACUACACUAGCCCACUCUACAGAGAUGAACUAGUUAAAGGCCUUCAGCAAGAGCUGAAUCGAUUAUAUUCCCUUUUCUGUUCUCGGAAUCCAGACUUUGAAGAAAAAGGGGGUAAGGUCUCAAUAGUGUCCCAUUCCUUGGGAUGUGUGAUCACUUACGACAUAAUGACUGGCUGGAAUCCAGUUCGCCUCUAUGAACAGUUGCUGCAGAAGGAAGAAGAGUUGCCUGAUGAACGAUGGAUGAGCUACGAAGAGCGACAUCUCCUUGAUGAACUCUAUAUAACAAAACGACGGCUGAGAGAAAUAGAAGAACGGCUCUGUGGACUGAAGGCAUCAUCUGUGACACAAAUGCCUGCCUUAAAGUUUAAGGUUGAGAAUUUCUUCUGCAUGGGAUCCCCACUGGCAGUUUUUUUGGCCUUGCGUGGCAUCCGCCCAGGAAACACUGGAAGUCAAGAUCAUAUUUUACCCAGAGAGAUUUGUAACCGGCUACUAAAUAUUUUUCAUCCAACAGAUCCAGUGGCUUAUAGAUUAGAACCGUUAAUACUGAAACACUACAGCAACAUUUCACCUGUCCAGAUCCACUGGUAUAAUACUUCCAAUCCUCUACCUUAUGAGCAUAUGAAGCCAAGCUUUCUCCACCCAGCAAAAGAACCUACCUCAGUUUCAGAGAAUGAAGGCGUGUCAACAGUACCAAGCCCUGUGACCUCACCAGUCUUGUCCCGCCGACACUAUGGGGAAUCUAUAACAAAUAUAGGCAAAGCAAGCAUAUUAGGGGCUGCCAGCAUUGGAAAGGGACUUGGAGGAAUGCUGUUCUCGAGAUUUGGACGCUCAUCUGCAUCACAGCCGUCUGAGACAUCCAAAGACUCGAUGGAAGAAGAGAAGAAGCCAGCUGCCUCACCUCCUAGUACCGCUGUGGCAACACAGACCCUUCCACAUAGCAGUUCUGGCUUUCUUGAUUCUGCAUAUUUCAGACUUCAAGAAUCGUUCUUUAAUCUCCCACAACUUCUUUUUCCGGAAAAUGUAAUGCAGAAUAAAGAUAAUGCCCUCGUGGAAUUGGAUCACAGAAUUGAUUUUGAACUCAGAGAAGGCCUUGUGGAGAGCCGCUAUUGGUCAGCUGUCACGUCGCAUACUGCCUAUUGGUCAUCCUUGGAUGUUGCCCUCUUUCUUUUAACCUUCAUGUAUAAACAUGAGCAUGAUAAUAAUGCAAAACCCAAUUUAGAUCCUAUCUGAACUCUUGAAGGACAUUAAUGGCUCAAAACUCAUUUUUUUUCUGUUAAAAUAUGUGUGUCAAGGUAUGGAGAUUUCAGGUUUAAGUAUGUUUCAGUUUUGUUUAGAACAAGAAAUAUUUGAAUUUAAAAGCACUUUAUUUUAUUUAAAAAACAAACAUUUUUUCAGUCCGAAAGCAGUUAUUUAUAGUUUUCAUAGUUUUAAUUGUGAGUCUGACCAAACCGCCUGCAGAGAAUCAAGCAAGACCUGGAAGUGAGGAAGGUUUGGGUGAAUUGUAAGGUUAUAAAUCAUUAUCUAAUCUCUCCCAAAUAUAAAGGCCUAUUAAUGGGUUGAAUCUACUGUAUUAACCAAAAUAUGUUAUAAAUCUAAAACAGUCAAGGCCCAGUGUAUUCCAUGUAAAGAUGACAAGGUGGUAUCAUUGUUUUGAUUUCUAUGAAAGCUUCCAUUUCCAGAAUUACUUUGAAAGAAAAGUAUAACAGAUUUGAAGUGUUUUGAAUUGAACUUGUUUAGAAAAACUAAUGCUAAAAAAGAAACAAAGUAUUUGAACUACUGUAUUUAUAAUUUGUUACCUCUGACUAAUUGCUUUAAGUGGAUGAAACAUUGCAUUUUUUUAAAUGUUUCCUUUGAACAAUUUAAGAACCACAUUUAUUUUCUGUAGUGUUAAGACUUUUCUCAGAACUCCAUCUUAGUACUCUUCAGGUGAAUAUAUAGACAGUAUGGCAUACUUUCAGUAUUUUUUUCAUUAAAAACUUGUAGCUUCACACAAAUAACACUAGUUCAAUUGUUUUGGAAAAAACUGAACUUUAUAUUAUGUCACAUAUACCUCAGAGAAAGCUAAGUUUUCUAAACUUGACACAAAGUACUCCGUAAUGAGUACAUUUCAUUAAGUUUAUUGGAAAAUUAGUAAACUUCUUUGGAGUACGGAGUAUGACAGCUAUUUUAAAUGUAUAAACAUCUGUGUGCCAAACAAUUGACAUAUAUAAAGGGAUGGAGUGCCACUAAGAGAUUUUAUUUUCAAAGUGUUGAAGGAAACAUGAUUGAGACACAAGGCACACUAGGCCAGGGCUCCGAGGCCCUGGAGGGUUUCCCCUCCACUGCACGUGUUUCCACAGUGCUUUUCAUCUGAGGAGCUCAGAGUGCUGUCAGAUUCAGUCAUCUGUGCAGUAGCUCCUUGAGGUAAGUAAAUGAGCAUUUUUCUCAUGUUACUUGUUAAUACACCAAGGCACCAAAACAUUUAAUGUGCCUUGAAUUAGAUUACACAGCAAAUCAGAAGAGCUCAGACUGAAGCCAGACCGUAUUCUCUUAUAUGCUGUUCAGUGACUAGUAAUUCACAUGUGACCUCUUAGUAGUUUGCAAACAAUAAUAAUAACAAGUUGCAAUUCAUAAUUUGGAGAAAUGAUUGGGAAGCCAGUAUUUUACCCUGCUUGUCUUAUACAUUCUUGGGUUCUCACCCACAGAGGAGGAGUUACUUAGAGGGGAUCAGCAGCCAUCUCUGCCACAACCAAUCC